GACACAAGAGUAAAUAUACAUCCCUAGACACCAGGCGGGUAUUCAUCGCAACACGCUCUACCCUUCAGACAGGAAACGCUGUAGGGAGCAAGAGGACGAACGACAACUUUCAAUGAUUUGUUCAUGACUGGAAGAAUUCGGGAAUCGCAGUUGGUUAAAUGGGAGUGUUAACAUAAGUUUGACUUCUUUCAAACGGGGAAUCAAUCAGCUGAUCGUUUUGUCAUCGGAAACUUGCGAAGCACGUCGGAUGAAUUAUAAUUGAGUUUCACGACAUUCAAAUGUCGAUAAACGCAUGUGUGUUGAAACUGCAACGAAAACCUAAUUCUGAACAGUCGGGUGUGAAUCGUAAACAGACCUGACAUGGGGUGUGUUUAUUCUGAUUCAGAAUAUUUCAAAAGAAACUUGAAAUGCUGCCUAUUUUUUAAAUAAUCAACAAUGUGGGUAUUUGUAAAUAUUCCACCUGCCGUAACAAAUGGUUCUAAUGGCGUGUUAGCACUGGCGGUCGAUCAGAUCGAAAAUGGCGCGAUCGACCAUCUGUGAGCUUUAACUGGUCACGGUUCGACGUACUGACAGAGAACGUGUUUCAGAAACCAGAGCUGAUCGGAUUCCAUACCAAACCAUUAAGUGACAGUGGAGUUCCGGAAUAUCUACAGACGGUCUCAGACUUUCAGGAACGGUUCCGUCAAUGUAAAACCCAGUCUUCGCUGCACGCGUCAUCGUCUACUGUUACCUAUAUGGCAGAAGUCAACGCUCGUUGUUGAAGUGUUUGUAGAUCUAAGCCUGAAGGCAAACCAAGGGUGGAUUCAUCGAUUAAGCUUUACCAACCUUCCGCGUGAUCGGAAAACAAAGCAGAGUUAUUCCAUGGGCAGCCUCCCUCGUGAGCUUUACGUGCGAUUCAAUUCAUGCAGGAUUUAAACAACAUGCUUGAUUUAAAGAGCUUUUGUGAAGAACCAACACGCAUCUGAACAAUUGUCUUAAUAACUGAAUGUCUUCAUAAUUGGUUCAGUUAAUUAACUGAUACAAAACACCUCGUAAAAAUCCCAAAUUGUUUCAUUUGGAGAGUAUUUGUGUUUGGAUGUUCGGAGUUAAGAAUGUCCAAUGAUUGGGAUACAUGAACGUGCGUUGAAGUAUGUGGUGCCACGUUGUAAGAGAGAGUUUCUAAUUAUCUCCAGCUGAACUCCCCGAGGAGGAUACCUCAUUCUUGCGGAUCCGGUAAAGGCAAAGAGCAAAAUAAUAAUGCUGAAGGUACUGCGAGAGUUUCGGGGCAAGUCCCACGGAAAACAGACCGCCGAGGAAUCAGAAAAGCUGCAAGUGGCUGCUGACAAGGACAAAGAUGGUACGAAAAGCGACAAGACAGAUUCGGACGACCAGAGUUACUACGACCCGGUCCCCCCUUCCAAGAUCCAGCAAGCCUCCUCCCAGAUGAUUAUCCUCCAUUACUCCCCCUUCAAGGCGGUGUGGGACUGGAUCAUCCUCCUCCUCGUCCUUUACACCGCCGUGUUCACCCCCUAUUCCGCCGCCUUCCUCCUCAACGAGGAAGAAAUCAAGAUGAAGCUCAACCAAGAUCCCGCCACUAGGGACACCCUUGCGGAGACCAGUCGAGCUGACCCCCUGGUCAUUGUGGACCUCAUCGUGGACUUUAUGUUUAUUGCGGACAUUUUGAUCAACUUCCGGACAACCUUUGUGGUGAAUGGGGAGGUGGUCAGUGACCCGCAGAAGAUUGCUAUAAACUACGUGAAGGGGUGGUUCGUCAUCGACGCCAUUGCGGCCAUUCCGUUUGAUCUGUUGCUGUUUGGAUCUGGCACCAGUGACACUAUGAAAGCAACUGGCAUUCUGAAAACGGCCCGGUUGUUACGACUUCUUCGUGUCGUACGACGAAUCGAGCAGUUUGCCGAGUAUGGAGCUGCUGUUCUGUUACUGCUGAUGGUAACAUUCACCCUUAUCGCUCAUUGGCUGGCGUGUAUCUUCUACGCUAUCGCCAACAUGGAGCGGCCCCACCUGCAAGCCCACGUGAGUUGGUUGGACGGUCUUGCAGACACAAUGAAAAGGCCGUACUACCCGAACGAUUCCCUGAGCGGGCCGACGAUACGCUCAAAAUACAUCACGUCGCUGUACUUCACCUUCACCAGCUUGACUAGUAUUGGCUUCGGAAAUGUGGCGCCAAAUACGAAUGCUGAGAAGAUAUUUUCAAUAUUCGCUAUGCUUCUGGGAUCCCUGUUGAGCGCCGCCAUCUUCGGUAACGUCUCCUCCAUCAUGCUGAGACUGUACCAGGGGUCGGAGGAGUACAACGAGAAGAUGGAGAGCAUUAAAGAAUUCAUCAAGUUUCACGAGAUUAACAAGACAUUGGGCAACAGGCUGACGGAAUCCUUCCAGCAUGCUUGGACAUACACCAACGGAAUUGACAUGAACAAUGUAUUAAAGAGUUUCCCCGACUGCCUGCAAGCUGAUAUAUGUCUUCAUCUAAACCGGAAUCUGCUCAAUAACUGUGGGGCAUUUAAAGGAGCCAGUCCAGGCUGUUUACGAGCUCUUUCCAGGAAGUUCAAGACUACGCAUGCGCCACCGGGAGAUACAUUACUACAUCCGGGUGCUAUCAUGACAGCCAUCUACUUUAUAGCACGUGGUUCUAUAGAAAUCCUCAAAGAUGAUACAGUCAUGGCCAUAUUAGGUAAGGACGAUAUAUUUGGCGAGGAUAUAAAAGAUCCAGAUAAGAUGACGAUAGGCAAGACCAUGUAUUGUGUCCGGGCGCUGUCGUACUGCGACAUCAACAAGAUUGAGCUGGCUGACCUCAAAGAGGUUCUAUACACGUAUCCGGAGUUUGCGGACACGUUCCUUCAAAAGUUCCAAGUGACCUUUAACCUUCGAAAGGGCACACUACUGCAACGAAAGGUUAAAAGCAAAAUGGAGGAUGAGACGCUGAAGUUUAUACGUCAACGGCGUCCGAGACUUCAGUGUAAGCGACGUAAUACAGAAAUCGAAGGACGUGCUGGUCUGCGGCAACGUCGAGUGGGCAGCAUGGACGCACGACGUACCAGCCGCGACAUCAUCGACCUGUCUGCUAGCGAGGAUGAAGGGGUGGGGAUCUUGGAACUGUCGACAGAGGGCGCCACUGAGGAGGUGACGGAGGAAGACUUCAACAAGAAGACAGAUGCAGUCCAACAGAGUCGGAAAGGAAAGAAAGAGAAGUCACAAUCCACGCGUGACGGAAGUCAGACUAAGAAACAAACACUUCCGGUUCGAAAAGACCCGACUUCCGAAAGCUUGACAGGCCACGCGGGGUUGUCUCCCAUUGCUUCAAGCGGAACAACUUACACACCCAAGUCGAGUUCGAGUACCGGGCAGAUAUGGAAACUGCAGAAUAUAGAAUAUGAAAUAAAGCAAUAUCCUGACAAAGGGAGUAUACACUCUUUAGCCGACAUUGAUAGCAGGCUGGAGAAUCUGUAUGACCGGAUGCACAACUUUGAAAACGAACUGUACACAACUGUUGACGCCAUCCUAGAAAUACUCGGCCAUAAACCCAAAGUAACACGUGAUCAGUUUGACUCAUGCGCAUCGCCUACUUCCGGUAAAGAUAAGUCUGUUCGUCCCAAGGGAGUGAAGCUAAUUCACUCCCCUAGCGACGGAGAGAAGAAGACGGGUUGAGAGGGAGACAGAGAGCUUGUGUUCAAGUGUUGAAAUCCCAGAAACAAAACCACAAGUCAAACGGGAACACGUUCGUGAACGUGUUCGGGAAAAUUCGUACGAGGAUUCUGAAAAGUGCAGCUCGUUAGAGGUCGCUAUUUUGAGAUGACGUCACGGCCAUGUUGAAAGAUAACGAAUGUCUUGCCCAGGAGGUUAAUAUGUCUGCUAGUGGUAUUAGAUGCACCAUUUUGUUGCUGACUACGUCACACUGCUUGAGGAACCAAGUCUCGUAAACUCACGUCCACAACGUCACGUUAUCACGACACUGCUUCCACUGCCGCUGGAGAAUCGAAUAUGUCAAAGUUUGUUUCGUGUGAGGAGAACUGGUCAUAUUUUGUGAAUAUGCGUGCGUUAGGAUGAUAUUAUUUAAUAUGCUAGUUUUGGAAUAUUCAUCACAGUAUAAUGUGUUUUCCUCAUGGUGAUGCUAGGUAGACUGUCAACGCUUUGUAAGCUGCUGUAGAUGACAUAUGUCUCUUGUCUGUACAACAGCAACGUCGGAAGGUGGAAUGGAGGCCGUCAAAGUCGUAAUCAUUAUUUUCCUCAUGGGGGUUUACUGUUUAGAAUCGUUUCCCUGGCAACCGUGCUGGUAAGGGGCGACACAUUGGGUCCUCCAGAUUGGUUAUCGGAUGGUAACAUGUUAUUGUACCCGACAGCAUGGGUCUUUGUUCAUCAUAUCAACCACAAGGUCGUCAGAUCGACCCUCGAUUAUGUUAAGACCGCCGUCUUAUAGCUGGGAUAUUGCUGAGGAUGGCUUUUAAUAACUGAAAUUCGUAACACAACAUUUAAAUUUCUCCCCGUGUUUAUCAGUGUCUUCUGUUAUCGCCAGUUUCUUCUGUGUAGAAUGGGUGGGGUAGCUUAGUGGUGAAAGCGUUCGCUCGUCACGCCGAAACUCCGGGUUUGAUUCUCC